GACACCGGAGCCGCCGCGAGGUUCCCGAGCGAGCCCGAGGAUUCCUGGCACCGGCACCGGCACCGGGACCCCGCCGAGAUGGAGCGCGAGGAGCCGACGCGCGAGAUCCUGCUGCCCAACUGGCAGGGCAGCGGCUCCCACGGCAUCACCAUCGCCCAGACCGACCACGGCGUCUUCGUGCGCCGCGUGCAGCAGAACUCGCCCGCCGCGCGCAUGGGCGUGGUGCAGGAAGGGGAUCAGAUCGUCAGCGCCACCGUCUACUUCGACAAGCUGCAGUCGGGGGAGGCGGCGCAGCUGCUGCAGAGCAUGGGGCAGCACACGCUGGGGCUGCGGCUGCAGCGCCGCGGCGACCGCUCGCCCACGGCCACGGCCGCACACGGCGGCGGCCAGCUCGGACACGGCGGCGGCCAGCUCGGACACGACUGCGGCCAGCUGGCCUUGGUGCCCGGCAGCCCCGAGGUCGUGCUGAGCGGCGAUGACGAGGAGUACCAGCGCAUCUACACCACCAAAAUCAAACCGCGCCUCAAGUCCGAGGAGGGCCCGGAGGCCGAGGCCACGCAGAGCAGAACCAUCACGGUCACCCGCAAGGUCACCGCCUACACCGUGGACGUCACCAGCCACGACGGCGACCUCGGCGUCCUCGGCGUCCCCGUGCCCACGCCGGGGGUCCUGCCCGGCGCACCCGAGGGGCUCCACGUGCGGACGGAGCCCCAGAGCCAAAUUCCUGCUGGAGAAACUGGAAAAUCGCUGCCGGGCUGGAAGGGCUCCGGCGCCUUCCCGGCGCCGCCCCGCGUCGAGGCCAACGGACAGUUUGGAGAGCUGGACGGGUCCUUCCGCGCGGCCGGCGGGGCUCCGUGUCCGCAGGGAGAGGUCAGCGGCUCCUCGCCCCCCGUGGACGUGGGGACAAUCAAGAUCCCGACGUUAAAAAUCCCCAAAUUCGGGUUCCAGGCCGGCGGCGAAGCUGCGGCCCCGCAGGCGGGUGUUGGCAUGGACGUCACCUGCUCGCCCGUGCCGGACAUUUCGUCCCCGUCCGGCAAAGCCGCGGUGCCACAGGUGGACGUGGCGGUCAAAGGAGCCACCAAGGUCCCCUCCCCUCCUCUGGACGUCCCCGGCGUGGAGGUCGCGGCCCCGGACGGCGCCAAGGGGAAAAUCAAAAUCCCGCACUUGACCUUCCCCAAAUUCACCGCCCAGGGCGACGGCGGCGCCGCGGAUGUCCCCAAGGGUGUGGCCAUGCCUGAGGUGGCCCUGGAAGGAGAAUGGAAAGGCCCCGCCUUCAAGAAGGUGGAAACGCCCCAAAUUUCGCUGUCGGACGUGAACCUGAACCUGAAGGGCCCCAGAGGGGAAGGGGAGCUCAAAGGACUCGGCCCCAAGGGGCUCCAGGUGGACGUGAAGUGUCCCCAGGUGGACGUGGCCGGGCCAGGGGGUGGCCUCAAGGGCGUGGAGAUGGACGCUGGCCUCAAGGGAGGAGUGGACGUGUCCGUGCCGACCGUGGGGGGCGAAUUGAGGGGGCCCCAGCUGGACCUUAAAGGGCCCCAGAUCGGGGUGGAGGUGCCCGGAGUGGACAUCAAGGGCCCCGCGGUGACGGUGCCCGAGGUGAGCGUCAGGACCCCCCAAAUCUCCGUGCCCGACGUCGACCUGAGCCUGAAAGGACCUGGAGUGAAGGGAGAUCUGGAUGUUUCCGCCCCAAAACUGGAAGGGGAGCUGCAGACCCCCAGAGUGGACAUCAAAGGCCCCAAAGUCGAGGUCGAAGCCCCAGAUUUGAACGUCCAAGGCCCCGAGGGCAAACUGAGGUUCCCCAAGCUGAAAAUGCCCAAAUUUGGGGUGAAGGGAGAGACCCCCAGUGUUGAUGUGACCCUUCCCAAAGGGGGGGUGGACGUCUCCUGCCCCAAGGUGGACGUCAGCGUCCCGAGCGUGGACAUCAAGGGCCCCAAAGUGGACGUUGAAGCACCCGAAGUGGAUGUCCACGGCCCCGAGGGCAAAUUCAAGAUGCCCAAGUUCAAAAUGCCCAAAUUUGGGAUGCCCGGGGUGAAAGCAGAAGGUCCAGAGCUGGACGUGAACCUCCCCAAGGGCGGCAUGGAGGUGUCCGGCCCCAAGGUGGACGUUGAGGCGCCGAGUUUGGACAUCCAGGGGCCCGAAAUGCACCUCAAGGCCCCCAAAAUCUCCGUGCCGGACGUGGACCUGACCCUGAACGGUGCCAAGGCCAGCGGCGACCUGGACGUGUCCGUGCCGGGUUUGAAGGGCCCCGAGCUGGACAUCAAAGGCCCCAAAGUCGAGGUUGAAGCCCCAGAUUUGAACGUCCAAGGCCCCGAGGGCAAACUGAAGUUCCCCAAGCUGAAAAUGCCCAAAUUUGGGGUGAAGGGAGAGAGCCCCGAGCUCGAGGUGGCCCUUCCCAAGGGCGGAGUGGACAUUUCGGGUCCCGGCUUCGCCGUCGAGGUCCCCGGCGUGGAGCUGAAGGGCCCCAAGGUGAAGGUGCCCGAGGUGUGCGUCAAAACCCCCCAGAUCUCCAUGCCCGACAUCGACCUGAACCUCAAAGGGCCCAAAGUCAAGGCGGAUUUGGACGUUUCCGCCCCAAAACUGGAAGGGGAGCUGCAGACCCCCGGGCUGGACAUCAAAGGCCCCAAAGUCGAGGUUGAAGCCCCAGAUUUGAACAUCCAAGGCCCCGAGGGCAAGCUGAAGUUCCCCAAGAUGAAAAUGCCCAAAUUUGGGGUGAAGGGAGAGAGCCCCGAGCUGGAGGUGACGCUCCCCAAGGGGGAGGUGGACAUUUCCGCCCCCAAGGUGGACAUCGACGUCCCGAGCGUGGACGUGGAGGGGCCGGAGGUCAAAGGCAAGGGCCUCAAGUUCAAAAUGCCUGAACUCAACGUGCAGACCCCAAAACUCUCCAUGCCAGACGUGGAUCUGGGCUUGAAGGCCCCGAAACUGAAAGGGGACGUCGCAAUUUCCGGGCUGAAGGGCCCGAAAGUCGACGUGAAAGGCCCCAAGGUGGAUGUGGAAGGUGCCAAAAUCGACGUGAAAGGUCCCAAGUUGGAUGUGGAAGGUCCCAGGUUGGAUGUGGAAGGUCCCAAGUUGGAUGUUGACGUGCCCGAGGUGGACUUGGAAUGUCCAGAAGGAAAGAUGAAAGGCCCCAAAUUCAAGAUGCCGAAACUCAACAUCAAAUCCCCCAAAAUCUCGAUGCCAGACGUGGAUUUGAACCUGAAGGGAACCAAAGUGAAGGGAGAGGUGGACGCGUCCCUCCCCAAGGUCGAAGGUGACAUCAAGGGGCCCAAGGUGGACGUGGAGGUCCCGGACGUCCACCUGGAGGGUCCAGAGGCCAAACUGAAAAUGCCCAAAAUGAAAUUGCCUCAUUUCAACGUGUCCGGCCCCAAAAUGGAGGGCGCCGAGGUGGACGUGACCCUGCCCAAAGGAGAGGUGGACAUCUCUGGGCCGGAGGUGGACGUUGAGGGGCCGGAGGUGGACGUUGGAGGAGCAGAAGGGAAAUGGAAAGGUCCCAAAUUCCGGAUGCCGAAGCUGAACAUCAAACCCCACAAAAUCUCGAUGCCGGACGUGGAUUUGAACCUGAAGGGACCCAAAGUGAAGGGAGAUGUGGACGUGUCCCUCCCCAAGGUGGAAGGGGAGUUGAAAGCUCCAGAAGUGGACAUCAAAGGGCCGAAAGUGGACGUGGAGGUGCCCGGCGUGGAUUUGGAGGGUCCCGAGGGGAAGAUCAAAGGCCCCAAGUUCAAGAUGCCCGAGAUGCACAUCAACACCCAGAAGAUCUCCAUGCCCGACGUGGACAUCAACCUCAAAGGCCCCAAGGUCAAGGGCAACGUGGACGUGUCCCUUCCAAAGCUGGAGGGUGACCUGAAGGGGCCAGAAAUCGACAUCAAAGGCCCCAAAGUCGAUGUUGAUGUGCCAGACGUGGACAUUCACGGCCCUGAGGGGAAAUUCAAGAUGCCCAAGUUCAAAAUGCCCAAAUUUGGGAUGAAAGGAGAAGGCCCCGAGGUGGACGUGAACCUCCCAAAAGGAGACCUGGAUGUGUCCGGCCCCAAGGUGGACGUUGAGAUGCCAAGUGUGGACAUUGAGGGCCCUGAGGGGAAGAUCAAAGGCCCCAAGUUCAAGAUGCCCGAGAUGCAUUUUAAGACCCCCAAGAUCUCCAUGCCCGACAUCGACCUGCACCUGAAAGGCCCCAAGGUAAAGGGUGAUGUCGAUGUUUGCCUUCCAAAAGUGGAAGGGGACCUCAAGGGCCCUGAGCUGGACAUCAAAGGCCCCAAAGUCGAUGUUGAUCUCCCCGAUGUUGAGCUGGAGGGGCCUGAGGGGAAGAUCAAAGGUCCCAAGUUCAAGAUGCCUGAGAUGAACAUCAAGGCCCCCAAGAUCUCCAUGCCCGACGUUGACUUCAACCUCAAGGGCCCCAAAGUCAAGGGAGACGUGGAUGUUUCUGCCCCAAAGCUGGAGGGUGACCUGAAGGGCCCCGAAAUCGACAUCAAAGGCCCCAAAGUUGACGUUGAUGUGCCAGACGUGGACAUUCAUGGCCCUGAGGGGAAAUUCAAGAUGCCCAAGUUCAAGAUGCCCAAAUUUGGGAUGCCCGGGGUCAAGGCAGAAGGCCCCGAGGUGGAUGUGAACCUCCCAAAAGGAGACCUGGAUGUGUCUGGCCCCAAGGUGGACAUUGAAUGUCCAGAGGUGGACAUUGAUCUCCCAGAGGGGAAGGUGAAGGGCCCCAAGUUCAAGAUGCCCGAGAUGCAUUUUAAGACCCCCAAGAUCUCCAUGCCUGACAUCGAUUUGAAUCUAAAGGGCCCAAAAGUCAAGGGAGAUGUCGACGUCUCUGUCCCAAAGCUGGAGGGUGAGCUGAAAGGCCCCGAAAUUGACAUCAAAGGCCCCAAAGUGGACAUUGAAGCACCCGAUGUUGACAUUCACGGCCCUGAGGGGAAAUUCAAAAUGCCCAAAUUCAAGAUGCCCAAAUUUGGGAUGAAAGGAGAAGGCCCUGAGGUGGAUGUGAACCUCCCAAAAGGAGACCUGGAUGUGUCCGGCCCCAAGGUGGACAUUGAAUGUCCAGAGGUGGAUGUGGAGCUGCCUGAGGGGAAGAUCAAAGGUCCCAAGUUCAAGAUGCCUGAGAUGAACAUCAAGGCCCCCAAGAUCUCCAUGCCCGACAUCGACUUCAACCUCAAGGGCCCCAAAGUCAAGGGUGACUUCGAUGUUUCUGCGCCAAAGCUGGAGGGUGACCUGAAGGGCCCCGAAAUCGACAUCAAGGGCCCCAAAGUUGACGUUGAUGUGCCAGACGUGGACAUUCACGGCCCUGAGGGGAAAUUCAAGAUGCCCAAGUUCAAAAUGCCCAAAUUUGGGAUGAAAGGAGAAGGCCCCGAGGUGGACGUGAACCUCCCAAAAGGAGACCUGGACGUGUCCGGCCCCAAGGUGGACGUUGAGAUGCCGAGUGUGGACAUUGAGGGCCCGGAGGGGAAGAUCAAAGGCCCCAAGUUCAAGAUGCCCGAGAUGCAUUUUAAGACCCCCAAGAUCUCCAUGCCCGACAUUGACCUGAACCUGAAGGGCCCCAAACUGAAGGGGGACGUUGAUGUUUCCCUUCCCAAAGUGGAAGGGGACCUGAAAGCCCCAGACAUCGACAUCAAAGGUCCCAAAGUCGAUGUUGAUCUCCCCGAUGUUGAGCUGGAAGGGCCUGAGGGGAAGAUCAAAGGCCCCAAGUUCAAGAUGCCCGAGAUGCACAUCAAGGCCCCCAAGAUCUCCAUGCCCGACUUUGAUCUGAACCUGAAGGGCCCCAAAGUGAAGGGAGACGUGGAUGUCUCUGUCCCUAAACUGGAAGGGGACCUGAAGGGGCCUGAACUGGACAUCAAGGGCCCCAAAGUUGACGUUGAUGUGCCAGACGUGGACAUUCACGGCCCUGAGGGGAAAUUCAAGAUGCCCAAGUUCAAAAUGCCCAAAUUUGGGAUGAAAGGAGAAGGCCCCGAGGUGGACGUGAACCUCCCAAAAGGAGACCUGGAUGUGUCUGGCCCCAAGGUGGACGUUGAGAUGCCGAGUGUGGACAUUGAGUGCCCUGAGGGGAAGAUCAAAGGCCCCAAGUUCAAGAUGCCCGAGAUGAACAUCAAGGCCCCCAAGAUCUCCAUGCCCGACAUCGACCUGCACCUGAAAGGCCCCAAGGUCAAGGGGGGUGUGGAUGUCUCUGUCCCCAAGCUGGAGGGUGACCUGAAAGGUCCGGAUGUGAACAUUAAAGGUCCGAAGGUGGAUGUGGACGUUCCUGACGUGGAUGUUGAAGGUCCCGAGGGGAAGUGGAAGGGACCCAAGUUCAAGAUGCCAGAGAUGAACAUCAAGGCGCCGAAAUUUUCCCUGCCUGAUGUCGACCUGAACCUGAAAGGUCCCAAACUGAAGGGAGACGUGGGCGUGUCUGGCCCAAAAAUAGAAGGUGACGUGAAAGUGCCGGAUGUGGAGUUGAAAGGACCCAAAGUGGAGGUGGAUGUCCCCGACAUCGAGCUGGAGGGCCCCGAGGGGAAGAUCAAAGGCCCCAAGUUCAAGAUGCCCGAGAUGCACUUCAAGGCCCCCAAGAUCUCCAUGCCUGACUUUGAUCUGAACCUGAAGGGCCCCAAAGUGAAGGGAGAUGUGGAUGUGUCCGUCCCAAAAAUCGAGGGAGAUUUGAAGGGCCCAGAUGUCGACAUCAAAGGCCCCAAAGUUGAUGUCAACCUUCCCGACGUUGACCUGGAGUGUCCCGAGGGGAAACUGAAGGGCCCCAAGUUCAAGAUGCCUGAGAUGCACAUCAAGGCCCCCAAGAUCUCCAUGCCCGACAUCGACCUCAACCUGAAAGGCCCCAAACUGAAGGGAGACGUGGACAUUUCCGCCCCCAAACUGGAAGGUGACCUGAAGGGCCCCGAAAUUGACAUCAAAGGCCCCAAAGUGGACAUCGAAGCUCCCGACGUGGACAUUGAUCUCCCAGAGGGGAAGGUGAAGGGCCCCAAGUUCAAGAUGCCCGAGAUGCACUUCAAGGCCCCAAAGAUCUCCAUGCCUGACUUUGAUCUGAACCUGAAGGGCCCCAAAGUCAAAGGUGACAUUGAUGUGUCUGUGCCAAAGCUCGAAGGGGACCUGAAAGGGCCGGAGGUGUCACUGAAAGGUCCAAAAGUGGAUGUCGAGGUGCCCGACGUGGAGCUGGAAUGUCCAGAAGGGAAAAUCAAAGGCCCCAAGUUCAAGAUGCCCGAGAUGCACUUCAAGGCCCCCAAAAUCUCCAUGCCCGACUUCGAUCUGAACCUGAAGGGCCCCAAAGUGAAGGGGGACAUUGAUGUCUCUGCUCCCAAGCUGGAGGGUGACCUGAAGGGCCCUGAAUUGGACAUCAAAGGCCCCAAAGUUGAUGUCAACCUUCCCGACGUUGACCUCGAGUGUCCUGAGGGGAAACUGAAGGGCCCCAAGUUCAAGAUGCCUGAGAUGCACAUCAAGGCCCCCAAGAUCUCCAUGCCCGACAUCGACCUCAACCUGAAAGGCCCCAAACUGAAGGGAGACGUGGACGUGUCUCUUCCAAAGGUCGAGGGAGACCUGAAAGCCCCAGACAUCGACAUCAAAGGCCCCAAAGUGGAUCUCCCCGACGUUGAGCUGGAGUGUCCCGAGGGGAAGAUCAAAGGCCCCAAGUUCAAGAUGCCUGAGAUGAACAUCAAGGCCCCCAAGAUCUCCAUGCCUGACGUUGACUUCAACCUCAAGGGCCCCAAAGUCAAGGGUGACAUCGAUGUCUCUGUCCCCAAGCUGGAGGGUGACCUGAAGGGCCCCGAAAUCGACAUCAAGGGCCCCAAAGUCGAUGUUGAUGUGCCAGACGUGGAUAUUCAUGGCCCUGAGGGGAAAUUCAAGAUGCCAAAAUUCAAGAUGCCCAAAUUUGGGAUGAAAGGAGAAGGCCCCGAGGUGGACGUGAACCUCCCAAAAGGAGACCUGGAUGUGUCCGGCCCCAAGGUGGACGUUGAGAUGCCGAGUGUGGACAUUGAGUGCCCUGAGGGGAAGAUCAAAGGCCCCAAGUUCAAGAUGCCCGAGAUGCAUUUUAAGACCCCCAAGAUCUCCAUGCCUGACAUCGACCUGCACCUGAAAGGCCCCAAGGUCAAGGGUGAUGUCGAUGUUUGCCUUCCAAAAGUGGAAGGGGACCUCAAGGGCCCUGAGCUGGACAUCAAAGGCCCCAAAGUCGAUGUUGAUCUCCCCGAUGUUGAGCUGGAAGGGCCUGAGGGGAAGAUCAAAGGCCCCAAGUUCAAGAUGCCCGAGAUGCACAUCAAGGCCCCCAAGUUCUCCAUGCCCGACGUUGACUUCAGCCUGAAGGGUCCCAAGGUCAAGGGUGACGUGGACGUGUCCCUUCCAAAGCUGGAGGGUGACCUCAAGGGGCCUGAACUGGACAUCAAAGGCCCCAAAGUGGACGUUGAUGUGCCAGACGUGGACCUUCACGGCCCAGAAGGAAAAAUAAAGUUCCCCAAGUUCAAAAUGCCCAAAUUUGGGAUGCCUGGGGUCAAGGCAGAAGGCCCCGAUGUGGACGUGAACCUCCCAACAGGAGAACUGGAUGUAUCCGGCCCCAAGGUGGACAUCGAAGGUCCAGAUGUGGAUGUGGAGCUGCCAGAGGGGAAGAUCAAAGGUCCCAAAUUCAAGAUGCCCGAGAUGCACAUCAAGGCCCCCAAGAUCUCCAUGCCCGAUGUUGACUUCAACCUCAAAGGCCCCAAACUGAAGGGAGAUGUCGAUGUUUCUGCUCCCAAACUCGAGGGUGACCUGAAAGGCCCAGACAUCGACAUCAAAGGCCCCAAAGUCGAUGUUGAUCUCCCCGAUGUUGAGCUGGAAGGGCCUGAGGGGAAGAUCAAAGGUCCCAAGUUCAAGAUGCCCGAGAUGCACAUCAAGGCCCCCAAGUUCUCCAUGCCUGAUGUUGACUUCAGCCUGAAGGGCCCCAAGGUCAAGGGGGACAUCGAUGUCUCUGUCCCCAAGCUGGAAGGUGACCUCAAGGGCCCCGAAAUUGACCUCAAGGGCCCCAAAGUUGACAUUGAAGCACCCGACGUGGACAUUCAUGGCCCAGAAGGAAAAAUAAAGUUCCCCAAGUUCAAGAUGCCCAAAUUUGGGAUGCCCGGGGUCAAAGCAGAAGGCCCCGAGGUGGACGUGAACCUCCCGACAGGAAACCUGGAUGUGUCCGGCCCCAAGGUGGACAUUGAAGGUCCAGAGGUGGAUGUGGAGCUGCCAGAGGGGAAGGUGAAGGGCCCCAAGUUCAAGAUGCCUGAGAUGCACAUCAAGGCCCCCAAGAUCUCCAUGCCCGAUGUUGACUUCAGCCUCAAAGGCCCCAAACUGAAGGGAGAUGUCGAUGUUUCUGUUCCCAAACUCGAGGGUGACCUGAAAGCCCCAGACAUCGACAUCAAGGGCCCCAAAGUCGAUGUUGAUCUCCCCGAUGUUGACCUGGAAGGCCCCGAGGGGAAGAUCAAAGGUCCCAAGUUCAAGAUGCCCGAGAUGCACAUCAAGGCCCCCAAGAUCUCCAUGCCCGACGUCGACUUCAGCCUGAAGGGCCCCAAGGUCAAGGGGGACAUCGAUGUUUCUGUCCCUAAACUGGAAGGUGACCUCAAGGGCCCCGAAAUUGACCUCAAGGGCCCCAAAGUGGACAUUGAAGCACCCGACGUGGACAUUCACGGCCCAGAAGGGAAAGUUAAAAUGCCCAAAUUCAAGAUGCCCAAAUUCGGCUUUUCUGGCCCCAAAGUGGAAGGCCCCGACGUGGACGUGAACCUCCCCGAGGCCGAGGUCAACAUUUCGGGUCCAAAAGUCGACGUUUCUGUCCCCGACCUGGAGAUUGAAGGCCCCGAAGGGAAACUGAAGGGCCCCAAGUGCAAGAAGCCGGAGCUGCAGUUCAACGUCCCCAAGAUCUCCAUGCCCGACAUCGACCUGAACCUGAAGGGCCCCAAACUGAAAGGGGACCUCGAUGCUUCUCUUCCCAAGGUCGAGGGCGAGCUGAAAGGCCCCAAAGUGGACAUCAAGGGGCCGGAGCUCGAGCUGGAGGGGCCGAAGGUUGACCUCGAAGGAAAAGGUAAAAAAUCCAGGUUUAAACUUCCCAAGUUUGGCUUUUCUGGCCCCAAAGUUCAAAGCCCCGAGGUGGAUGUGAAGCUUAAAAAACCUGAGGUGGAACUGUCCGGCCCGAAAGUCGAGGUCCAGCCUCCGGAUUUGGAUAUCCAGGGAAAAUCCAAGGGCUCCAAAUUCAAAAUGCCUUUUCUGAACAUUUCUUCACCCAAAGUCUCGAUGCCGGACGUGGAGCUGAACCUGAAGGGGCACAAAAUGAAGGGGGAGUUUGACCUGUCCACGCCCAAACUGGAAGGGGAGCUGAAAGGGCCUGAGGUGGACAUCAAGGGCCCCAAGGUCAACAUCGAGACCCCUGACGUGGACAUUCAAGGCCCGGAAGGGAAAAUCAAAAUGCCCAAGUUCAAAAUGCCCAAAUUUGGUGUUCCUGGGUUUAAAGGGGAGGGGCCAGAAGUGGACGUGAACCUGCCGACGGGAGAACUGGACGUGUCCGGUCCUAAAGUGGACAUUGAAGGCCCAGAGGUGGACAUUGAGGGCCCCGAGGGGAAGAUCAAAGGCCCCAAGUUCAAGAUGCCCGAGAUGAACAUCAAGGCCCCCAAGAUCUCCAUGCCCGACAUCGACCUCAACCUGAAGGGCCCCAAAGUGAAGGGAGACGUGGACGUGUCCCUGCCCCAGGUGGACCUGAAAGGACCCAAGGUGGACGUGGAAGUUCCCGACAUCGACGUUGAAGGUCCGAAAGGGAAAAUCAAAGGCCCCAAAUUUAAAAUGCCCGAGAUGAACAUCAAAGCUCCCAACCUCUCCAUGCCGGACCUGGACCUCAACCUGAAAGGCCCCAAGGUCAAAGGGGGCGUGGACGUCGAUCUGUCCGCACCAAAAAUCGAAGGGGACCUGAGCUUGCCGGACGUCGACAUCAAAGGCCCCAAGGUGGACAUUGAAUGUCCAGAGGUAGACAUUGAAGGGCCAGAGGGGAAGAUCAAAGGCCCCAAGUUCAAGAUGCCUGAGAUGAACAUCAAGGCCCCCAAGAUCUCCAUGCCUGACGUCGACUUCAACCUCAAGGGCCCCAAAGUCAAGGGUGACUUCGAUGUUUCUGCCCCAAAGCUGGAGGGUGACCUGAAGGGCCCCGAAAUCGACAUCAAGGGCCCCAAAGUUGACGUUGAUGUGCCAGACGUGGACAUUCAUGGCCCUGAGGGGAAAUUCAAGAUGCCCAAGUUCAAAAUGCCCAAAUUUGGGAUGAAAGGAGAAGGCCCCGAUGUGGAUGUGAACCUCCCAAAAGGAGACCUGGAUGUGUCCGGCCCCAAGGUGGACAUUGAAGGACCAGAGGUGGACAUUGACCUCCCAGAGGGGAAGGUGAAGGGCCCCAAGUUCAAGAUGCCUGAGAUGCAUUUUAAGACCCCCAAGAUCUCCAUGCCCGACAUUGACCUGAACCUGAAGGGCCCCAAACUGAAGGGGGACGUUGAUGUUUCCCUUCCCAAAGUGGAAGGGGACCUGAAAGGCCCAGACAUCGACAUCAAAGGCCCCAAAGUCGAUGUUGAUCUCCCCGAUGUUGAGCUGGAGGGGCCUGAGGGGAAGAUCAAAGGUCCCAAGUUCAAGAUGCCCGAGAUGCACAUCAAGGCCCCCAAGAUCUCCAUGCCCGACUUUGAUCUGAACCUGAAGGGCCCCAAAGUGAAGGGGGACGUGGAUGUGUCACUGCCAAGCAUGGAAGGAGACCUGAAAGGGCCAAAAGUGGACGUGAAAGGCCCUGAAUUCGAUGUUUCUGCCCCAGAUGUUCAAAUCGAGGGCCCUGAGGGGAAGAUCAAAGGCCCCAAGUUCAAGAUGCCUGAGAUGAACAUCAAGGCCCCCAAUAUCUCCAUGCCGGACUUCGAUCUGAACCUGAAAGGGCCCAAAUUAAAGGGAGACGUGGAUGUCUCUGUCCCCAAAGUGGAAGGAGACCUGAAAGCCCCAGACAUCGACAUCAAAGGCCCCAAAGUCGAUGUUGAUCUCCCCGAUGUUGAGCUGGAGGGUCCCGAGGGGAAGAUCAAAGGUCCCAAAUUCAAGAUGCCCGAGAUGCACAUCAAGGCCCCCAAGAUCUCCAUGCCCGACGUUGACUUCAACCUCAAAGGCCCCAAGGUCAAGGGCGAUGUGGACGUGUCCCUUCCAAAGCUGGAGGGUGACCUGAAGGGCCCCGAAAUCGACAUCAAAGGCCCCAAAGUGGACGUUGAUGUGCCAGACGUGGACAUUCAUGGUCCAGAAGGGAAAUUCAAGAUGCCCAAGUUUAAAAUGCCCAAAUUUGGGAUGAAGGGAGAAGGCCCCGAGGUGGACGUGAACCUCCCAAAAGGAGACCUGGAUGUGUCCGGCCCCAAGGUGGACAUUGAAUGCCCGGAUGUGGACAUUGAUCUCCCAGAGGGGAAGGUGAAGGGCCCCAAGUUCAAGAUGCCCGAGAUGCAUUUUAAGACCCCCAAGAUCUCCAUGCCUGACAUCGACCUGAACCUGAAGGGCCCCAAACUGAAGGGGGACGUUGAUGUUUCCCUUCCCAAAGUGGAAGGGGACCUGAAAGGCCCCGAAAUUGACAUCAAAGGCCCCAAAGUUGAUGUUGACCUCCCCGAUGUUGAGUUGGAAGGUCCCGAGGGGAAGAUCAAAGGUCCCAAGUUCAAGAUGCCCGAGAUGCACAUCAAGGCCCCCAAGAUCUCCAUGCCCGACGUCGACUUCAGCCUGAAGGGCCCCAAAGUUAAGGGGGACAUCGACGUCUCUGUCCCUAAACUGGAAGGUGACCUGAAGGGGCCCGAAAUUGACCUCAAGGGCCCCAAAGUGGACGUUGAUGUGCCAGACGUGGACAUUCAUGGCCCAGAAGGAAAAAUAAAGUUCCCCAAGUUCAAAAUGCCCAAAUUUGGGAUGCCCGGUGUCAAGGCAGAAGGCCCUGAGGUGGAUGUGAACCUCCCGACAGGAAACCUGGACGUGUCCGGCCCCAAGGUGGACAUUGAAGGUCCAGAGGUGGAUGUGGAGCUGCCAGAGGGGAAGAUCAAAGGCCCCAAGUUCAAGAUGCCCGAGAUGCACAUCAAGGCUCCCAAGAUCUCCAUGCCCGACCUCGACCUGAACCUGAAGGGCCCCAAGGUCAAAGGGGAUGUGGAUGUGUCCCUGCCUAGUGUGGAAGGAGAGCUGAAAGGUCCCGAGGUCAAUGUCUCCGCCCCCGACGUCAGCAUCGACAGCCCCGAGGGCAAAUUCAAGCUGCCCAAGUUCAAGAUGCCCAAAUUCUCCAUGCCUGGAUUCAAAGGGGACGGGGUGGACGCGGAGCUGACCCUCCCCAAGGGCGACGUGUCCAUUUCGGGCCCCAGCGUGGACGUGGAGGCUCCUGACCUGAGCGUGGACGGCAAAGUCAAAGGUCCCAAAUUUUCCAUGCCCGAGAUGCACAUCAAGGCCCCCAAGAUCUCCAUGCCCGACAUCGACUUCAACCUGAAGGGCCCCAAACUGAAGGGGGACGUUGAUGUCUCUGUCCCAAAGCUGGAGGGUGACCUGAAGGGCCCCGAAAUCGACAUCAAGGGCCCCAAAGUCGAUGUUGAUCUCCCCAGUGUUGAGCUGGAAGGGCCUGAGGGGAAGAUCAAAGGCCCCAAGUUCAAGAUGCCUGAGAUGCACAUCAAGGCCCCCAAGAUCUCCAUGCCUGACGUCGACUUCAACCUCAAGGGCCCCAAGGUCAAGGGGGACAUCGACGUCUCUGUCCCCAAGCUGGAGGGGAACCUGCAGUGCCCAGACGUCGACCUCAAGGGCCCCAAAGUGGACAUUCAGGCACCAGACGUGACCCUGGAGGGGCCCAAGGUCAAGAUGCCGGAGAUGCACAUCAAGACCCCCCAGAUCUCCAUGCCCGACAUCGACCUGAACCUGAAGGGCCUGAAGGUCAAAGGUGACGCUGACCUGCACUGCCCCAAGCUCGAGGGGGGUCUGAAGGGCCCCGAGGUUGACAUCAAAGGCCCCAAAGUCGACAUUGAGGGCCCGGCCGUCGAUGUUGAUGGUCUGGAGGGGAAAGUGAAGCUGCCCAAAAUGAAAAUGCCCAAAUUUGGCUUGAAGGGCGAAGGUCCCGACGUGGACGUGGACUUGCCGAAGGCCGAGGUGGAUCUGUCAGGCCCCAAGGUUGAUGUCAGCCUGCCAGAGGUCAACGUUGAAGGUCUGGAGGGCAAAGUGAAAGGUCCUAAACUGAAAAUGCCCGAAAUGCACGUGAACGUCCCCAAAAUCUCCAUGCCCGAGAUAGACUUGAACCUGAAAGGCCACAAAACCAAGGGCGGCUUUGACAUUUCCACCCCGAAGGUGGAAGGUCACCUGAAAGGCCCCGAGGUCGACCUCAAAGGCCCAGAAUUCGGGGUCAAAGGCCCUGAAGUUGACGUUGAGUGUCCUGACCUGAACGUCGAGCUCCCAGAAGCCAACAUCAAAGCUCCCAAGUUUAAAAAGUCCAAAUUCGGGUUCGGAAUGAAAAGCCCCAAGGCGGAGCUGGAUUUACCUGAGGCGGAGCUGAACGUGGAGUCACCCGAGGCCCACCUGUCCGGGAAGGGCAAGAAGAGCAAGUUCAAGAUGCCCAAAAUCCACAUGAGCGGCCCCAAAGUGAAGGGCAAGAAGGGGGCGUUCGACGUGAACGCGGCGGGCGCCGAGCUGGACGCCGAGCUCAACGUCCCCAGCCCCGACGUCGCCGUCGGGGGCAGCGCCGCCAUGAAGUCCCCCAAAGGCAAGAAACCCAUGUUUGGGAAGAUCUCCUUCCCCGACGUCGAAUUCGACCUGAAAUCGCACAAAUUCCGCGGGGAGGCCUCGGUGGGGGUCCCGAAAGUCGAGGGCGAUCUGGAGGUCAAGGGCCCGAGCCUCAACGCGGAUCUUGAAGGUCCUGAGGUGAACCUAAAAAGCCCAAAAUUCAAACUCCCCGGGGUCCAGGUGGGCGCGGGGGAGGUGAAAAUCGGGGGGGAGCUGAAGGGCGCCCCCGGGAUCGACGUCACCGUCCCCUCAGCCGCGGCGCCGGACGUCGGCGUGAAAGGACCAAAAGUGAAAGGUGAAGUUGGCAUGGCCGGAGCACAACUGGAAGGUCCCGAGGUGAACCUGGGAUGGCCCAAGGGGGGGAAAACGGGUUUGGGGCUGGAAAUGGCGGACGUGAGCUCGGAGGUGGACGUGAAGCUCAAAGGGCCCCAAAUCUCCAGACCCGAGCUGGAGGGGAACCUGAAAGGACCAAAAUUAAAGGGAGAUUUGGACAUUUCGGGCUCUGUGGACGCGCCCGGCCUGGACCUCGGCGGCCUCGGGGGGAAGGUGAAGCUGCCCACGGUGAAGUCCCCGACGCUGGAGGUCCAGGGGGGGGUCCCCUGCUCCGUCCAGUCCCCGGGGGCCACCCUGGACCUCAAGGGGCCCUCGCUGGACGUCUCCGGCCUGGAUUUGGAUGUCAACGCGAAAGGACCAAAGUUGAAAGGAGACGUCGGCGUCAAACCCCCCCAGGUGUCGGCAGACGAGUCCGGCUUGGAAAUUUUGGGGGGCACCAUCAAGCUCCCGUCGCUGAAGCUGCCCCAGUUCAGCAUCUCCAGCCCCGGCGCGGACGGGGGGGACGCGGGGGUCACCCUGGAGGGCCCCCAGGCCAAGGCGGGGCUGAAGGGCUCCGCUUUGGGGCUGGAAGGCCCCGAGGUGGAGCUGAAAGGGCCGAAAUUCUCCGCGCCGGACGCCGACCUGAGGCUGAAAGGACCAAACGUGGACGCGGCCGGCGACAUCAAAGGGUCAAAGGUCAGCGUGGAAGCCCCCCAUGGAGGGGUGGGCGUCCACCUGGAGGCUCCGGCCCUGGAAGUGUCCGGCUCGGGGUUGAACGUCAACGUGAAAGGGCCGAAGGUCAAAGGCGGCGCCGAGGCGACACCGCCGUCGGUCAGCGCCGCUUCCGGAACCUUCCACGCCUCCUGCCCCAAGCUGGGCGCCGAGGGCGGCCAGGUCAAGGUGUCCUUCCCCAAGCUGCGCAUGCCCAAAUUCGUCUUCUCCGAGCCCGAGGCCAAGGGCCGCGAGGUCGCGGUGGACGUCGACUUCCCCGGCGCCGACGCGGCCGAGCCGGAGCCGGACGAGGCCGAGGCGCGGCUGAAGAAAUCCAAGCUCAAGAUGCCCAAGUUCAACUUCUCCAAGCAGAAAGGCCGGGCCGGCGCCCCGGGCUCCCCCGAGGCGGCGUCCGGCUCCGUGUCCGGCUCCAAGGGCGACCUCAAGAGCUCCAAGGCCAGCCUGGGCCCGGCCGAGGGCGAGCCGGAGGCCGAGGCGCCGGCGGCCAAGGCCAAGUUCUCGCUGUUCCGCAGCAAGAAGCCGCGGGCGCGCUCGUCGUCCUUCAGCGACGAGCACGCGGCCGAGCCCGACGGCGCCAGGCAGCCCAAGGGCAAGUUCGGGACCUUCGGGGGCAUCGGCUCCAAGGCCAAGGGCUGCUACGAGGUGACGGCCGGCCCCGAGGACGGGGGGCGGGCGCCGGGGUCCCCCAAGUCCCGCCUGUCCUCCUCGUCCUCCUCCGAGGGCGUCGCCCGCGCCGCCAUCCGCCUGCCCGGCCUGGAGCUGGCCGUGGCCAAGCGCAAGGAGUGACCGCCAGGGUGGCCACAGAGUGACCGCCAGGGUGGCCACAGAGUGACCGCCAGGGUGGUCAGAGUGACCGCCAGGGUGGCCACAGAGUGACCGCCAGGGUGGUCAGAGUGACCGCCAGGGUGGCCACAGAGUGACCGCCAGGGUGGUCAAAGAGUGACCGCCAGGGUGGUCAAAGAGUGACCGCCAGGGUGGCCACAGAGUGACCGCCAGGGUGGUCAAAGAGUGACCGCCAGGGUGGUCAAAGAGUGACCGCCAGGGUGGCCACAGAGUGACCGCCAGGGUGGUCAGAGUGACCGCCAGGGUGGCCACAGAGUGACCGCCAGGGUGGCCACAGAGUGACCGCCAUGGAGGCCACAGAGUGACCGCCAGGGUGGUCAAAGAGUGACCGCCAGGGUGGCCACAGAGUGACCGCCAGGGUGGCCACAGAGUGACCGCCAGGGUGGUCAGAGUGACCGCCAGGGUGGUCAAAGAGUGACUGCCAGGGUGGCCACAGAGUGACCGCCAGGGUGGCCACAGAGUGACCGCCAGGGUGGUCAGAGUGACCGCCAGGGUGGUCAGAGUGACCGCCAGGGGGGCUGUACAUAGGCCUGGACCGAGGGACCCCCGCGUGUACAGAAAGGGGGAGGGGUUGGGGUCCCUCCCCCCAAUUUUGGGGUCCUCCCCCCCAAUUUUGGGGUCCCCCCCGUGCUGAGAGCUUUAACUUCUUCUCUCCCAAUUUAUCUUUUUUUUUUUUUUUUGAUAUUUUUAUUGGGGUUUAUUUUGUGUCCCCUGUUUUUUUUCCCCUCCUUCCCCCCCCGAAAUAUUUUCAGUGUUUGGUUCGUGGAAAUUUUUUUUUUUUUUGUCUUUUUGGGGUUUUUUUGUUCCCUCAGUUUUAAUUUUUUUUUUUUUCCUGUGGGGCUUCAGGCUCUGCUGGGUCAAUGGAUUAAAUCAAAAUUUUGGGGUUUUUUUUGGUUUGUAAAAGAAAUGAAACCAAAACUGUAAAUUUUUUUUUAUUAAAAAUACAUAGAUUUUUUAUAUAAAAAAACAACCAAAACUGUGGAUUUAUAAAAAAAAAAAACCUAACCAAAGCUGUGGAUAUAUUAAAAACCAAAGUAAAAAAUAUGCAUUUACUAAAAAAUGAAAACAAAUAAAGUGGAAUUAGCAAAAAGAAACCAAAGUAAAAUUGUGGGUUCAUUAAAAAAAAGAUUUAUUGAAGAAAUUAAUAUAAAAAUAAAUUUAAAGAAUUAACAGAAACAAAAUUGGAUCUGUUGAGAAAAUAAAGCAAAGAAAAGGGGAGCAAUUAAAAACUAAAUGGAUUUAGUGAAAGAAAUAAACAGAAAAUGUGGAUUUAUUGAGCAGAAUAAACCAAAAAAUAUGAAUUUAUUCAGCAGAAUAAACAAAAAAAAUACGGAUUUAUUCAUAAAAUUAACCAAACCCAUGGAUUUAUUACUAAACCAACCCAAACCCAUGGAUUUACUAACAGAAGUAAACCAAAGCCGUGGGUUUAUUAACAAAAUAAACCGAAAUCCGUGGAUUUAUGACUGAAAACAAACCAAAGAACACAUCCGUGACCUCUGGACGGAGCAGCGUCCCCUGAGCUGGGAAAUUCAAUCCGAGCACGAGAGCCGGAGCUCGAAUGACUCCGGGGCACGGAGCCAGCCCGGGGCCGUCCCGAGGCCUUUCCCCCUCAGUUUGAACCUUUUUAAAUUUUAUUUUCCUUUUUUUAUCUGUUUUCUGUGGGUUUUGUUACAUCCUUUGUAUUAUAAUUUGAUAAAAGCCCCCGUUUCCCUCUCGUUCAGCCCCAAAGUUUCAAAGGUGCGUCGGGCGUCCGGGAUAAAGUUUUGUUGGUGAGGAUUUUGGGGAAGUUGAAAUAAAUGAAAUUUUUAAAAAAUAAUAAAAAAAAAAAUCCCCAGGAAAUGGAAGAAACCUUUUCCCUUUGCAGCACUUUAACGCGAAUUAACGGGAGAAAAACCAGGGUGGAAAAUGCAAAUAAAAUCCUUUAUUAACCGCGA